AUGUCCAGCUCGUCAUCAAGCCAGUCCUCACGUGGACCGGCUGAAGCAUCGUCUAGUCGCAUAUCGAACGGGAAGCAGCCCGCCGUCGAGGACGACUACAGCGAUGAGGAUGCCCUGCUGGCCGACGAUCCACUGGGACGCAAUCUCCCCGAGCAGUACGCGCAAUGCAAUUCCGACCCCAAGCUACCCCCCCGCGACUCUCCGCUCCCGCGAACCCCGCAGUCCCGGAUUCAGCAGCUCCGUAACAGUCCCCGCGGAAAUGGCUCCACAGAGCUCAUACUCAAGUACCUGAACACCCCUGGCACCGCGGGCGAACAGCUGCAAGACACCAAAGACGCGACUGGGCUGGAUUGGUAUGUCGAAGGCCCCGGGCGGCGAGUCGGCUAUGACGACCUCACGGCGAUAGACUGGAUUUUCGAGUAUGCGAAAGAACGGCAGCGGCUGAAAUAUCUCUACGCCAGCGCGACGGGGAUACUGGGGCAUCUGAAGCAGCUGGCUGAUGCGAGCCAGGUCUGGAUUAUCCUGGUGGCUGCGGGUAUUCUGAGUGGAGGAAUUGCGGCAUUCAUCGAUAUUGCGAGUGACUGGCUCGCCGACCUGAAGACGGGGCAUUGCAGCAACGUUGAUGGCGAUGGGCGAUUCUACCUGAACAAGGGAUUUUGCUGUUGGGGGUAUACGGAGAACUCUGAGUGUCACGAUUGGCAUCCGUGGGGGGAUGCAUUGGGGAUACAUUCUGAAGCUGGGAGCUGGAUCGUGGAGUACAUAUUCUUUGUCAUGUUCUCGAUACUGUUUGCUGCGUGUGCGAGUCUUUUGGUUAGCAGCUUCUCACCGUACGCGAGACAGAGCGGUAUCCCCGAGAUCAAGACGGUUUUGGGAGGAUUCGUGAUACGGCAUUUCUUGGGUGGCUGGACGUUGGUUACGAAGACACUUGGCCUGUGCCUCGCAGUCGCGUCAGGGCUCUGGCUUGGGAAAGAAGGCCCGUUGGUGCAUGUGGCGUGUUGUUCAGCGAACCUGUUCAUGAAGCUGUUCGGUAACGUCAACGGAAAUGAAGGUCAGUCUACCCCCUCGCUCGGCGUGCAACUCUCUCCUGACGGCUUUGUAGCAAGGAAACGAGAAGUCCUCUCAGCAGCAGCGGCAGCAGGUAUCUCAGUCGCUUUCGGGGCACCCGUCGGAGGUGUGCUCUUCAGCCUCGAGCAGCUAUCCUACUACUUCCCAGACAAAACCAUGUGGAGCAGCUUUGUAUGUGCCAUGGUCGCAGCAGUCACAUUGCAAGUGUCUAAUCCCUUCCGCACUGGCAAGCUGGUCUUGUACCAGGUUACCUACCACAGCGGAUGGCAUGAUUUCGAACUGGUGCCGUUCGUCCUGCUAGGCAUUCUAGGAGGCUUGUUCGGAGGUUUGUUCAUCAACCUCAACAUGAGCGUUGCAGAAUGGCGGAAGAACCGCACGUACUUGAAAGGGCCAGUGACUGAGGUGGUUCUGGUGGCAUUCGUCACAGCAGUUGUCAACUAUCCCAUCAAGUUCAUGCGAGCCCAAACCUCCGAACUGGUGUAUAUCCUUUUUGCUGAGUGCGCAGACCUCUCCGAAGACACCCUCGGGCUCUGUAAAUCAGGGAAAGCAAACACAGGCGUCAUUGCUCUGCUCCUGGUCUCUGCAGGCCUGGGCGUCAUCCUCGCAAGCUUGACCUUUGGCCUCACGAUCCCCGCCGGUAUCAUCCUCCCCUCGCUGGCAAUAGGAGGUCUCUACGGCCGCGCUGUCGGACUCAGCGUCGAAGUCUUCCAGCAAGCACUACCAUCCCUCUUCAUCUUCGGGUCCUGCGAACCAGACGUGCCCUGCGUAACGCCAGGGACGUAUGCCAUUGUGGGCGCUGCGUCCGCCCUAGCAGGCACAACACGAAUGACCGUCUCCAUCGUCGUCAUCAUGUUCGAGCUCACCGGCGCGCUCACAUACGUCCUUCCCAUCAUGAUCGCGGUCAUGAUCAGCAAAUGGAUCGGCGACGCCAUUUCCCCGCGCGGCAUCUACGAAUCCUGGAUCCACUUCAAAGGCUACCCUUUCCUCGACAACCGCGACGACAACGGGUCCUCGAUCCCCGACGUCUCCGCCGCACAUGUCAUGACGCGCAUCGAGGAUCUGACGGCCAUUACAGCAACAGGCCACACGAUCGCGUCGCUGCGCCACCUCCUCUCCGAGCACCGCUUCCGUGGCUUCCCCGUCAUAGACAACUCCCGCGACGCCCUCCUCCUGGGCUACAUCUCCCGCACUGAACUCACGUACGCGCUGCAGUCUGCUCUCGCGCCCUCGCGCGGCUUGCUAGAAGACACAGAAGCGUACUUCUCCCACCAGCCCCUCAGCGACCCAACCACAAGUCUCGAUCUGAGGCCGUGGAUGGAUCAAACGCCCAUCACGCUGAAUGCUAAGGCGUCGUUCCAGCUCACAGUCAGCAUGUUCCAGAGGCUGGGGCUGCGAUAUGUGCUUUUUACUGAGCGGGGCAUGCUCAGGGGUUUGCUGACGAAGAAGGAUGUUUGGUAUGUCAUGAACGGGAUGGAGGAGGAGCGGGAGGAGGGGGGUGCGGGGGUCGGCGUUGGCCGUGGAGGGCUGAGAGAGGAGACGGACGGUGUUGAGGAUGAGAGGGGGUUAUUGGGUACGGAAGAUGACGAGGACGAGGACAGUUUUCUUGGGGAUGGGAGGGAGAGGGGAGGGUAG